AUGGCCACGGCGGAGAAGAUUUCCGUAGAUUCCAGAGCCAAAUCAACAGUCGCAAGCCGACAGCGCCGACCAUCAGAAUCCAACUCACCUCCGGGACACACGUUCCAAAACGAUCCAGAAAAAAGGGUCGUGAAACCGCCAAAAAAAUAUACCCUAACAUCACCUGGGGAAGACAGGAAGAAGGGAACUACAAGGAUCUCAACCCCCGUUCCUCCUCCUAAUCCCCAGGUAUACGUGCUCCCCACGGAGAACGUUAAAUUGGUUUUCCCUGACGAUGACGAAACUGUAAUGGCUGCUAACCUGAGAGCUCUUGAUGAUAAACUGGGCCGGCCAUCAGACCUGCACGCGAUCAUCCUUGAGUCCGGCGAAGAUGUCGACACUUUCAGCAGAGCCCUGCACAGCUUCCAAGAGAGAAACUACAACGCAAAAAAGGUGACGGAGGCUCAACAAGCGCCGGCAACCUACCAGCAAGAAGAGCUUAACCUCUACCAGCGCAACGGUCCGCAGACACGACCUUCUUCCCGGCACAAACUGCGCAACUCGCAGAAGCAUUUAAUGGCGGUUCCCCAUGUGUAUCAUCAGCAACAGGCCUUGGUGCAAGGCAGUCCGUACCUGCUGCAACAAAAUCCUCAUCAAAAUUUGGUGUAUCGCCCGCUUGUGGAGACUCGUCGAGGAUACCGACGCCGAAGAAGCGUUGUAAGUUUCGAAACCAGUUCCUCUAGAUAUCUAAUUCCAGUUUCACGUAAAGCUAGAUCACCUGAUGAUGAGAGCUCAGAGAACGGAAGAAAGGAACAAAAGAAACAAGGCAGUGAGGAGAGCGAGGACGAUGAAAGCAUGGAAAGUAGAGAGGAAAUAAAAGACAGGCUGGCAAAAAAGCCCGUGAUGACGUCUGCAAAAAUGACCGCGAAGCUAUCGCAAGCAGAUGAAAAUUCUGCGUCACGGAAGCAAACUACACCAACAGCCAACUUUUCAACUACGGCGCCUGCUAAAAUAACUAACGAUGCCCCUCCAGCUAUUUCAUCUACUACCCAACCUCUUUCGGAGAAGACUAAAACGAAUUCAAACAUCGCAAACACAACUAAAGAACCCAAUUCAACGGCCUCCGUACCGACUCAAGAUUCAUCGCCGUCUCAAACCUCUGCCACCGCUCGCCCAGAAGCGGAUGGCGGCUUUGUGCUCCCGACAUUCGUUCCCGACAACUUGCAGGACUAUCUUGAUGGGUUCAAUGAUAUCAGUAAGAGCACUGAGUCUCCAGAUAGUUCUGAAAAGAGCUCCGAAUCUGCAGAUAGUUCUGAAAAGAGCACUAAAUCUCCAAAUAGUUCUGAAAAAAGCUCCGAGUCUCCAGAUAGUUCUGAAAAGAGCUCUGAGUCUUCAGAUAGUUCUGAGAUGGCCCCUAAUUCACCAGAAAGUAAUGAAAAAAGCUCUGAAUCUGAAAAUGGUUCAGGGCAUCCAAAUAGCUCUGAGAUGAGAUUAAAAUCAUCAAACCCCAAA